GUUUCCACUCAUAUGUGCUUACUGGUCUUUACUUUACUCCUAUCAUCGAUCGCGUGUCGUCCAUGCACGCUGAAGUCAAUUUUUCUUAGCGCGCGCGUAAUGGUUAAUUAGAGAUCGGCAAAUUAGUGCUUCAUAGCCAGCUACGCGCUAAACGUAUAACAAGGUGUGAACAGCAAUCACAAGCCGGACUACAAGCCCGUCCCUGACUAGGUCCCCCAGCGCGCCUUCUCCCUUCUCUCAAUACCAAGGCAGCAGAGGCAGUGCAAUAUGGACAUAACUGCUCUGAACGUGCAGUACGACGGCGUGCAGGAGCACCGCGGGGCCGCGGGAGCUCCAGAGCUGACGGUUACGGGGAGCAGCCCAGUGACCGCUGAGCCUCGCGCCCUCGCGUCCGGUCGCGACUCACCCGAUGGGGUACCAGUGGUCCAGUCCAAUGAGCCGGUUGAAGUAUUCGGCUACCUGCAGAAGAAGGGUCGCCGGCUAAAGGCCUGGCACCAGAGAUGGUUUGAGAUCAGAGGACAACAUAUGUACUACUUCAAGAGCAACUCCAAGAAACAGUGCUUGGGAGAGAUACAACUCAGCAUCUGUUCACAAGUUCGAGCUAGUGAUGUGGCCAGCUUUGGACACCCGUUUGAGGUGGUUACAAAGGAGAGGACGCACAUUCUGGCUGCAAGGACAACUGAGGACAUGGAGAAGUGGAUCGAUGCCAUCAACAAGAACAUGGGCCCCAGGUCUGGUUCUUCUCCCAAGAAGGCCAACAAAGUCAAGAAGUGGGACUCUUUCAAGAACGCCUUCCACAUCCACCGCUCUGUGUCCCCUCAGCGCUCCAACCCCACCCCGUCAGUUUCUGUUCCCACUGAAGACACCCAGGUUCCCGUGGCAGAUGUGGUACGCAACAAGAGCUUCCUCGACAAGUUUCGACGUAUCAAGAGGGACAGGUCGAACUCAGCCGAGCGCAGGACGGCAGAACUGAGAGAUCAGGAGAAACGUCCACUUUCAGAGGACGUGAGCUACUCUCAAAACAAGCAGCAGCUUGUUGCAGCGCUCACCGAUCCUCCCGUGGCCGUCUCCGUACCCAACAGUCCCCUGUCUAGGAAGAAAAGCAGUCCUGUCGGUGGCCGCAAACGUAAAAGCUUCUCGCCAGGUUCCCAGACCCCGGGUGGAGACAGCAGUGGAGGACUCACUCCCAGGAGCACACCAGAGAGAUCUACUCCUGAUCCUUCACCAAGGCACACCAGUACACCCAUGACAGCAACCAAAGACAUGACUCCUUCUCCUCCAAAAGUCACGUUAGCCACGCCUCGACCUCCAGUAAACAACUCCACAAAACUGUCGCCACACCGGGAGACCAAGAAGCUGCCCACCCCUCCCUCGCCACUGGCGUCCAACGAGACCCCGAUACCCGAGAUUUUCACCAAACCCCUCGUGUGGGACGAGGUGAAGGUGCUACUGGAUUCCACGCAAGACUCGGAGCACCUCUUCCCCGAAGAUUCCCUUUUUCCUCGUGAUGAGCCAUGGAUGGAGAAAGAGAGCCCGAUCGAUCAGCUGAGGGAGUUUUUGGCAGUCUGCCCCUGAUAUGCAGGUCUUCACAAUCACGUGUUUUUUUCAAUCACAGCGAAAAAUUCUUUUUUUAAUAUUCAUUGCAGUAUAUAUAUAUACUUGUGUAAGUUGAAUAUCCCAACUCACAGACUAUGAAUACAGCAAACAAUUGAGUAGGAAAAAAAAUUCAUUUUCUAGGGAGAUUAUGACUUGACCAGGGAAGGAAGUGAGACCAUAAACCGUGACACACAAAAAAAAAGGAAAAAAGGACGGUAAAUACGAACAUGGUGACUUGUGAAUAAAACGAGGUCCAAGAUUCACAGGGUGAAAAAUUGUGCCUAAGAUCUGACGGCUAUACUGUUCGGGAACUUGGCUUUUAUUAACGCUCCCGACUGGUAGGCCGCUAUGAACUUGAGCGCCAGUCCUCUAUCCUCGCACUGGAGUAGGGAGCCGAUGCUAGCCAGCAGGGUAAGGCCGCCGAUGACGUACUCAACUACAAGAACGGGCAGCAGAAUAAGGACUAUGAGAAUGUUGAGCGGCACUCGGGCAGCGUUUUUCAACGUUUCCAACGACAUGGCGACGACUGUAAAAUUUCAGCUUAGUGAGCUUGGAAAACAGUUCCUCCUUCCAAAGAUGCAGGCUAGAAAUCCACAGCAACUUCUCAAAAACUGGACAGUUUGCAGAAGCCGUGCACAUGCACAUGCACAGCCAGGUUUUAUAACCGACGUCACACACCCCCAAUCACGCGGACGUCACGCGUAUGCGCGCGCAUUUUAUACGCGUACGUUAGAUACGUAAAGUAUACACGGAGAGCGAAUCCGACACGUUCUAGGAGAACGUGGACAGCACGGGGAAUAAACGUGCAACAACAUGCUAA